AUGCUCCACGAAAUCCUGCUCUCCCUCUCCGGCCACCCCUCUCCCCUCCUCCGAUCCGCCUCCGCCUCCUCCUCAACCCCACCCAACAGCGACAACCCCAACAACAACAACACCCCAACAUCGCCCCUCACCCCGCCGGAACGCGCGCUGCUCGCCUCCCUGGCGCACCUCAGCGAGCUGCACAUCCAGCUGCUGACCUCGACCGCGCACAUCGCCGCCGCCCACCCGUCCGUCAUCUGCCGGGCGGUCGCGUCCGCCGUCGACGCGCUGCACCUGGCCGCCUUCCGCCGCAAGGUGCGCGCCGUCGAGGAGACGCUGCUGCGCCGGGAUGCCGCGCUGGUCGGCGCGUAUGACAUCGUGCCGCUGACGGCGGUCGUGGCGGAGUUUGCGGGGUGGGCGAGGCGGUUGGAGUGGUUGGCGGGGGUGGUGGCGGUUAUGGUUGGUGGUGGUGGUAGUGGUAGUGGUAGUGGUAGUGGUAGUGGUAGUGGUAGUGGUGGUGGUGGUAGUGGUGGGGGGGAGGCUGGGUGUACUGGGGCGAGGGUGAUGGACUUUUUGAGGGGAGAGUUGCAGACGGGGUAUCGUGAUGUGGAAGAGGCGGCGGGGAGUUUGGUUGGUGUGGCGGAGGCUGCGUGGGUGAAGCAGGUGUCGGCGUGGGUGCUGUACGGGCGCCUGCCGGGGUUUGGGGAGGGCGACUUUUUUGUGCGGAGAGUGGUGGGCGAGGAGGGUCGAGAGGAGUAUGGCUGCGAGAUGGCGCUGCUGCCGCGGUUUGUGACGGCCGCGACCGCCGCGUCCAUGCUGUUCAUCGGGCGGUCGCUUAACCAGAUCCGUGCGAAGAGCGUGGGUGAUUACACCUUGCGGGGGAACGAUCACCUCUCCACGCAGCUUACGCGGCUGGCCGCGCUGAGGCACCCGAUUGAUUCGGCCACCUUUGCGAGAACGAUUGCGGACAUAAGGCAUUUUCUGUCGAGAACCACGCUGCAGCGGUUGUUGCCCUUGAGUAGAGUGCUGGAGACGCUGCAGCUGUUGCGUGAUUUCUUUCUGCUUCGCCGUGGAGAGUUUGCUAUGGCGCUCACACAGCAGGCGGAUGAGAAGAUCAGGAGCCGAUGGAAGCGGGCGGAGAACCUUGCGUAUCAGAAGCGCGAUGGAUUAAGCACUGUCACUGUGAAGGAGGGAGAGGUGGCCGCCGUCCUGGCGAGGACAUGGGCUGCGAUGGGAUCCAUGCAGGGCGACCAUGCGGAGGAAGAUGAGGGGCUGGAGCUGGCUCGAGACCUAUUGCGGCUAUCCAUGGCCAAGUCCAGAACAGCCACGCCUAUGACGCCCGUCCUUCCCGAGGCGGAGAUGCCAGUCAUUGCGCCGACACCAUUCCGCAACCUGCUCUUUUCGGUACCCGUCGUUCUGACUUUGCAGAUCCCGUCCCCAUUGGAUCUUUUCCUCAGCCAGUCGGAUCUACAGACCUACACUGCAAUCAACUCUUACCUUCUCUCUCUGCGGAGAGCUCAUAUCCGCCUAACAGACCUAUGGAAGAUUACAUCCCUCCGGCGACACCACCCAGCACCCCCGGGGCCACCAUACGGAAGCACGCGCGGGGGCAGGGAGAGGGUACUUCUAUUCCGUCAACGUCAUGCACUUCGGUCGAGCGUCCUGCGCAAUGCUUGGGCCACGGCGAGUGCAGCCAUCUUUUUCCUCGGCGAGAUCGAAGGAUAUCUCCAAAUGGAAGUCGUCGCGGGGCUGUCAGACGGUUUCCACCGCUGGUUAACCACGGGUGAAGAUGAGCAACGACGCGACGACAACACAGCCAAGCAAACCCAAGCCGCGGGCCGCCCCCUUCAAGAUGAGGACACCGACAUGGCAGACGACGACACCCUCGCCACGGCCCACCGCGUCUACCUCCGCGCCCUGAUCCACCGCCUCUUGCUCACCCAGCAAUCCUUCACCGACCCGCUCUACGAGCUCCUCGUCCAGAUAGACCACCUCGUGGCCCUCGUCCACCGGCUGCACUCUGUCUGGGCGGCGGCCGACCUCGAAGCUGACGCGGGCGUCGUUGACGCGUUCGUGGACCUCGAGCGUGAGGAGCGGGAUGUGCAGGGGGAGAUACGCGGCGUAGAGGAUAGGGUUAAGAGGGGUGUUGAGGGGCUGAUUGGGGAGAUGAGGCGGUUGGAAGGGAGUGCCGUGUUGCACAGCGCGGGAGGGCUAGGGGAGGGUGUCGAGGGCGAGGAGGAGGGUGAGAUGCUCAUGAGAGAGAGUGGGGAGAAGGGGGUGGUCGAUGCCAUGUCAUGGGUAGUGCGUUAA